AUGCGUUACUCUACUGCCGCCGCUGCUCUCCUGGCCUCUGGUGCCAUGGCCCACUACGACGAGGUUUCCAAGGUCUACGAGACCAAGCGAGUUACCAUCACCUCUUGCGGUCCUGAGGUCACCAACUGCCCUGCUGCUUCCACCGUUGUCAGCACCACCUCUUACCCCGUCCCUCCCAAGGUCACCUCUGCUCAGCAGGGUGCUGACACCACUGAGGCCUACGAGGUCCCUGAGGUCCCCGCUACCACCGAGGCUCCUGAGGCUCCUGCCACCACUGAGGCUCCCAUGACCACCUCUACCAUCUACUCUACCAACGUCAAGACCAUCACCUCUUGCGGUCCCGAGGUCCCCAACUGCCCCGCCACUGGUGGCACCCCCGUUGUUGUUACUGAGACCAUUGCCGUCUCCACCACCGUCUGCCCCGUUGAGCCUACCGGUGGCAGCGAGAAGCCCGGCAAGCCCGAGACUCCCGGCCAGCCUGAGCAGCCUGAGACCCCCGAGCAGCCUGAGCAACCUGAGCAGCCCGAGACUCCUGGCCAGCCUGAGAAGCCUGAGACUCCCGAGCAGCCUGAGCAACCUGAACAGCCUGAGCAACCUGAGCAGCCCGAGACUCCCGAGCAGCCUGAGAAGCCUGAGACUCCCGGAAAGCCUGAGCAGCCUCCCGCUCCUCCUGCCGAGACCCAGCCCGCUCAGCCUCCUACUCCCGAGCAGCCUGGCCAGCCCGGUAAUGGCACCGUCCCUCACCCUCCCGUCUACCCCGCUCCUCCCGCUACCGAGAGCGGUGCUAAGCCCAUUGUCCCUCCUACUCCCGUCCCUGGCCAGCCCGAGCAGUGCGUUCCUUCUCAGUCCGUCAAGGCCAUCACCAAGGAGUACACCACUGUCAUGACCAGCGUCGAGUACCAGACCGUCCAGGUUCCUUGCGCUACUGGCACCACCCCCGAGAACCCCCAGAACCCCCAGAACCCUGAGCAGCCCGGCAAUCCUGGUGAGCCUGAGGGCCCUGCUCCUACUGGACCUGCUGUUCCUCCUCCUGCUACCACCCCCAUUGGCGGCGGUAACCAGACCGUUCCCGGACCUACUCCUCCCGCUGUUGCUGGUGCCUCUUCCUUCGCCGGCUCUGCUAUCUUCGCUGCCGUCGCUGGUUUCGCCGCUUACAUGCUGGUUUAA